CGCCUACCUGUCCCCGCCCCACUUCCUGGGGGGGAGGAGGGGGGGAUGCAAUAAGAGGAGGCGUGGAGGAGGCCAGCCGGGUCUCCCUUCUUGCUGCUGCGCAGUUGCUCCGAGUCAAGCGGCCAUGAUGGGCUCAUCUGUGAAACCCCAAGAGAUGGGACCUCCAGAAAGGAUUUUUGCUCCUUCCGGAAGGGUCACAAGAGCCAGGAGAGUUGUUUCGUGUUCAGCUAUAAGCUCGGUAUGUGUCGUCAAGAGACAGCGGAUCGUCUUGGCCAUCGUUGCUUGCCUAAUUACCGGCACCGUUGCGCAGCGUGAAGGAUCUUCAGUUGCACCUUACCAGACUCCGCAAGGCGCAAGAGAAGUAUCGUCAGCCUCCUUGUUCUCCCAGUCCUCAAAAGAAGCACGGCGGACGGUUGAAGAAGGCUUCCAAAAUCCCUCUAUAGAGCUCCAACCGGACUUGCUUUCUCUCGGAAGAAAUCUGUCUGCCAGAAACUUGGUGGCUGACCAGGUAGAUCCUACAGUUCCCGUUCAUAUUGCUGGUACCUCCUGGGAUCUAAGCAAGGCCUCUGGACUCCUGAGCACUAGUUCUCCUGUAGACAAGAACAGUUCGGAAGUUCUAGCUCUUGCAACUUCCACCAUGGGCAGUGUGUUGGCUAAAAUGAAUACUUCCCUCAAUGCUACUUCUAAGGGGCUCAGAGAAUCCACAGAUGUCUUGCAACCUGUGGAGAAGGAGAACACAGGAUUAUUUUCCACCAUCUCUCCAACAUCACCACUCCUUCCAGAUGCUGGUAGCUCCUCACGCUUGGAUGUGACUCCAACUUCCCAAAUGGCUCUUUCUUAUUCUUCAACAGUCACCCCUCCAAACACAGCUUCCAGUAUUGCUCCAUCGACCAGAAACUUAACUUCAGUAAAGCCACCUGCUUCUGCAGAUAGCCCUCAAGGUGCAAAGGAUCUACCUGGAACAUCACAGCCUCUGGUCAAUAUCAGCCACACAACCCUUCUAGACCUGAAGUCUUCCAGCUACAGGGGUGAUGUUCUUCCAUCUGCAGAGACCGGCUUUCUCACUCACCGCACUGUGAAAGAAGCAUCUGUGAGCCCCAAGAGGUUAGGAACGAGUCUCUCUCUCCCCACAAGAAUGGUCCCAUCUGAAGCCACCCAUGUAGCAAUGGAUGUCUUCCAUUCCAGUAGCACAGUGACAGCCCAUAGCUUUUCAGAGUCCAUGCUGCAUGUUUCUACUGGAAUAAGUUCUGCGUCUCUUUCGACACAGUCUCCUGAAGCAACUCCAAGGAGUAUAACAUCACUUCAUGAGGCUGCAUUGAAUGGCCAAGGACCUGGGGGUACUAAGCCAGCUGCAAGAGACGCUUUAGAAAGCACAGCUGUCCCUACGGCUCUGCCUCGGUCUUCCACUUGGCCCUUAUCAAGCUAUUCCCAAGCUCACGCUACCCUUCCUGACUUUGUCAUGCGUGUGGCCUCCUUGGAGACUGAAGGACUUGCCACUCACAGUCUGUCUUGGCACAGAUUGGUUCCUGCAAGCGCAGGAUCUCCUAAGUUGAAUGAUGCUACCGCAUUAUCCACAUUAACUGGUGGAGCCCCAGGGACUGUGGAGAAGGACACAGAGGUUCCUCUGAGCAGAACUUCUCAGAUGGAGACCUCAGAGACUCACUCUGGAGUUGGUGAAGGCACGGUUCCAUUGGUCCAUGACUUGGCAACUGUAUCUGCUCCAGCUGGCAAGGAAACUCUGGGUCACUUGUCCACCCUGCAGAACAUUCCAGGGUCAGAAGCCACAUCUGGAUUUCCUGUUAGCAAUGCUAGCUUACCUAUGUCCCAUGCUCCAAGAACUGACCCUGCCUCUUCCAGUGGUGCAGCUAGCCAGAUGGAAAUGGGUCCCACCACCCACUCCCCUCAGUCAUCUCCCGCUGUUUCCCCUAGUGUCCACUUUUCUCUGUCCACCAUGCCACUUGAACUUGAAACUGUAACUGCUGAUAACGCAACAGAAGCUGUUCUGUUGGCACAUGGGAGUACUACGUCAGGGGAAGGCAGCACACGUUUUGGUUCAACCUCUUGGGUCAACAUGCCUGCAUCUCUUGGUACUACAGAGGAGCGAGAUGGCUUCCCAACAACCAGGGUCCAUCCAAGUCCUUCUCCAGGUGAAGGAACCAGCCACGAGUGGAAGGAGGGAGUUUCUCCUACUGCGGAGUCAUCUGCAGAUGUUCCUGGACGUACCUCCAUCUUGGAUGGCCAGAAUGAGUCCACCAGCCUUGAGGCAAGCAGUAGCUUCCUUCCUACAGAUGCUUCGAGUCUCCCAACCUUCAGCACGGUACAUUCCAGAGGUGUAGAAACUGGGUAUGCUCUUUCUUCCUUGCACUCCCAGGUGUCUUCAAGCACCAUUGAAGCUCUCCCAUCUGAAGGUGUGACUGAUUUUGGCAGCUACAGGGAAGAGACACAGCCUGAACUUCAUGAUAGAACAGGUCCGAUCACAGCAGCUGCUGGGAAAGUACCCGAAAGCAUCUCAGAGUUAUCACUUGUAGCUUCAUCUAUGGUCUCUUCUUCCAGCACAACUUCAGCAGUGCCUGGAGUUACACCAGGAUGGAAGCAUUUUGCCUAUUCUACAGAGAGGUCAAAACCGAUGCCAUCUCCACUACGAACUUCCACCUUUCUAGCUACAUCUGGGACGGUCACUUCUAAGGAGUCUUCCGAGCCAGAGACUCUAACGGUAUCCUUGGCCGCGGACAGAGCUAGUAACAUUUCUGUACCCAAGUCUACAACCAAGAGCAACUUACCUGAUAGUACCUCAGAGCUACCACUUGGAACAUCAGAGGUUGCUCAUUCUAUAGACUCUUCUUCCAGCUUAACUUCAGCCACGCUUGGAGUUCCAUCUGCGUGGAAGCAUUUUGUCCUUUCUACGGAGAGGACCAGAUCAACACCAUCCUUGCCACCAAGAUCCACCUUUCUAACUACAUUUGGAAUGGCCGCUUCUAAGAAGUCCUCUGAGCCAGAGACUCCAACGGUGUCCUCGGCCACAGAAGGAGCUAGUAGUGUUUCUGUGCCCCCAUUUACAACAGUGAGCAAUGUGCCUACAAUGAUGAGCACUGCUACUCUGCCUUCCCAGUUCGAAAACACAGCAGGGGUGGUGCAGCCAUUCCAGACAACUUUUGGUGGAACACAACAAGCUGAGAUGGUCAUGGAAAGCCCCUCUACCAGUCCUGGAAGAGAGCUGUUCAACAGAACUCGAUCUCAGUGGAGACUUUCUCUUCCAACAUUUUCACAAGCUGCAGUCAAUAAAACAGAACUCAUGGAUACCUCUAGGGCAGUUGCUACUUCAACGGGUUUCUUUCUGCAUAGCUCGAGCUACAGAAGUUCUUCUCAACGAUCUGCCAGUCUCUCACAUGUAGUGACCAAGUCUACCAUUAUUCCUCAAACUAAUACUACCCAAGCUGUGACUUCAUCAUUUACUGCAAAAGAUCUGCUGGCACAUUCCAGAAUCCUUUCCACCACCCAAGCUGUGACUCCAUCAUCUACCACCACAGAUCUGCAGACCAGUUCCAGAAUCCUUCCUAUCACCCAAGCUAUGUCUCCAUUAUCUUCCACCACAGAUCUGCUGGCCAGUUCCAGAAUCUUUCCCACCACCCAAGCAGUGUCUCCAUCAUCUUCCUCCACAGAUCUGCAGACCAGUUCCAGAAUCUUUCCCACCAUCCAAAUGGUGUCUCCAUCAUCUCCUGCAACAGAUCAGCAGACCAGUUCUGGAAUCCUUCCCACCACCCAAGCAUCAUCUUCUGCUACAGAUCAGCAGACCAGUUCCAGAAUCCUUCCCACUACCCAAGGAGUGUCUUCAUCAUCUUCCAUCACAGAUCUGCAGACCAGUUCCAGAAUCCUUCCUACCACCCAAGCAGUAUCCUCAUCAUCUUCUGCCCCAGAUAUGCAGACUAGUUCCAGAAUCUUUCCCACCACUCAAGCGGUGUCUCUGUCAUCUUCCACCACAGAUCUGCUGACCAGUUCCAGAAUCUUUCCCGCCACCCAAACUGUGUCUCCAUCAACUUAUGCACCAGAUUUGCAGACGAGUUCCGGAAUCUUUCCCACCAGCCAAGUGGUGUCUCCAUCAUCUUCCUCUACAGAUCUGCAGACCAGUUCCAGAAUCUUUCCUGCCACCCAAGCAGUGUCUCCAUCAUCUUCUGCUCCAGAUAUGCAGACCAGUUCUGGAAUCCUUCCCACCACCCAAGCAGUGUCUCCAUCAUCUUCCGCUACAGAUCUGCAGACCAGUUCCAGAAUCCUUCCCGCCAGCCAAGUGUCUCUAUCAUCUUCCUCUACAGAUCUGCAGACCAGUUCCAGAAUCUUUCCCACCACCCAAGCGGUGUCUCCGUCGUCUUCCCCCACAGAUCUGCUGACCAGUUCCAAAAUCUUUCCCACCACCCAAACUGUGUCUCCAUCAACUUCUGCACCAGAUUUGCAGACCAGUUCCAGAAUCGUUCCCACCAGCCAAGUGGUGUCUCUAUCAUCUUCCUCUACAGAUCUGCAGACCAGUUCCAGAAUCUUUCCUGCCACCCAAGUAGUGUCUCUGUCGUCUUCCCGCACAGAUCUGCUGACCAGUUCCAGAAUCUUUCCCACCACUCAAACUGUAUCUCCAUCAUCUUCUGCCCCAGGUAUGCAGACCAGUUCUGGAAUCCUUCCCACCACCCAAGCAAUGUCUCCAUCAUCUUCCGCUACAGAUCUGCAGACCAGUUCCAAAAUCUUUCCCACAAUCCAAACUGUGUCUCCAUCAUCUCCUGCAACAGAUCUGCAGACCAGUUCUGGAAUCCUUUCCACCACUCAAGCAGUGUCUCCAUCUUCCGCUAUAGAUUUGCAGACCAGUUCUGGAAUCCUUCCCACCACCCAAGCGGUGUCUCCAUUAUCUUCUUCCACAGAUCUGCAAACCAGUUCUGGAAUCCUUCCCACCACCGAAGCGGUAUCUCCAUCAUCUUCCUCCACAGAUCUGCAGACCAGUUCCAGAAUCCUUCCCACUACCCAAGCAGUGUCUCCAUCAUCUUCCUCCCCAGAUCUGCAAACCAGUUCUGGAAUCCUUCCCACUACUCAAGCAGUGUCUCCAUCAUCUUCCUCCAAAGAUCUGCAGACCAGUUCUAGAAUCCUUCCCACCACCCAAGCAAUGUCUCCAUCAUCAUCCUCCACAGAUCUGCAGUCCCAUUCCGGUAUCCUUCCCACCACCCAAGCAGUGUCUCCAUCAUCUUCUUCCACAUAUCUACAGACUAGUUCUGGAAUCCUUCCCUCCACCCAAGCAGUGUCUUCAUCAUCUUCUUCCACAUAUCUACAGACUAGUUCUGGAAUCCUUCCCACUACCCAAACAGUGUCUCCAUCAUCUUCUGCCCCAGAUCUGCAGACCAGUUCUGGAAUCCUUCUUACCACCCAAGCAGUGUCUCUAUCAUUUUUCUCCACAGAUGUGCAGGCGAGUUCUGGAAUCCUUCCUGCCACUCAAACAAUGUCUCCAUCAUCUUCUGCCCAAGAUCUGCAGACCAGUUCUGGAAUCCUUUUUACCACCCAAGCAGUGUCUCCAUCAUCUUCCACACAUCUGCUGGCCAGUUCCAAGGUCCUUUCCACCACUCAAGCUGUGUCUCUGUCUUCUUCUGGCACAAAUCUGCUGGCCAGUUCAACCACCCAAGCUGUGUCUCCAUCAUAUUCUGCCACAGAGCUGCCAGCCAGUUCCAGAAUACUUCCUGCCACCCAAGCUGUGUCUCCGACAUCUUCCCCCACAGAUCUGCUGGUCAGCUCCUCCAUCCAAGCUGUUUCCCCAUCAUCUUCUGCCACAGUUCCACCAGCCAGUUCCAGAAUCGUUCCCACCACUCAAGCCACGUUUCUGCAAUCUUCCAUGACAGAUCCCAUGGACAGUUUCACCACCCAAGCUGUGUCUCCAUCAUCUUCUGCCACAGAUCUGUCAGCAAGUUCUAAAAUCCUUCCCACCACCCAAACUGCAUUUUCGUCAUCUUCCACCACAGAUCCCCUGACCAGUUCCAGAAUCCUUCCUGCAGCAUCCAUGUUGACUACAAGGGCUUCUUGCAGUGAUGCCCAUUGUCUGAACAACACCCACCCUGCAUCCUUUGCUUCACUUCCAAGGACAUCUGCUCAGCUGCCCGUGACUUCUCAAACCCUUUCCCCAAUGGUCUUGGUUACUACCCUGGGGUCAACAGUUGGAAUGGAGGGGACCAUGGGUGGUUCCUCCUCCAGGGUGGACACCCCAAAGGUGACCUACACAAUAGCACUCACUGGCAUGAAACCAGGGACAAUAGCCAGAGACAAUUCUACUUCAAAACACCUUGUGUCAGCAACAAGAGCUUCAACAGUUGGCCAGACUGCUGAGAGAGACAACAUCACUUUGAGCAGAAGAACACUGGCUGUGUCCAUUCUGUCCCUGGAGUUCCACCUUACCAGAAUUGAUUACACAGAAAGUUUGGCAAAUAAGUCUUCUGCCAGAUACAAGAAGCUGGAGAGAGAGGUUAUUUUAACUCUCAACAAAAUGCUGUCUUUCUACGAGACCUUCCUUCGAGCAAACGUUCUCCGUUUCUUGAAUGGCUCUGUGAUAGCCCAGACCGAGGCUGUGUUCAGAGGAGACGGCCUUGUCCCCACGCCCUCGGACAUGAUUCGUAUGAUAGUCACCACGGUGGAGCAAAGGGAGAUGGAUGCCUUCUUUGACUGGAGGGUGGACCUGAGGUCCCUCCGCUGCAACGGGUUCAGCUUGAAGAACUUGGACCCUGAGGUGCUGGCUGUCUCCUUCACUGUUCUCGGACAGGGGUCCUUCGCAACAUUUGGUGGCUUGACCGACUGGGGACCUUUGGAAAGAGUGAGAGAUGAGGUGGUCCGGUCGCUCGACGUUCGGUACAGAGUGCAGAACUUCUCGCUUGUUCAAGUCAGAAACGUCCAAGGUGACCUGGACGUAAGUGGAGAGAUCUGUGUGAACACAGCUGCUCAUGUGGACAUCAGCUGGGCUCUGGAAGCACUGAAGGGGCUUGUGAACUAUUCGGUGGAUCUGGGCUCCAUCUGCAUCAAUGGCUCCAGGCUGAGUUUGCAGAUCUUUCCAGUUUCCUUCUUGGUAACCAACCGAAUCUUCAGUGAGAAACUGCUGGAUCGUUCUUCUACAGCGCACCAGAGCCUCUCCUGGGAUCUCUCAAAAGCGCUGAUGCACACGCUGGGGAAGUACAAAAAUCUCCUGCAAGUGACCAUUCGUGAGGUCAGAGGUGGAUCUUUGAUAUGUUACGGGGACAUGAUAUUCCAGCCUCCUGCUCCAACGAACAAGGAUCUCGUACUUGCACUUUCGCUCUCGGUAGGCCCGAAGAAUUAUCUCGGUGCCUCAGGCAUUCAAGUGGAUCCGUUCUCCUUCACUGUAGCAGGUGCGACGCUGGAACCUCCCUUCGCCAAUUCAGGAAUCCCUGGCUAUGGGAUAGCUUUAAUUGUCCUGAGCGGCUUAGCCCUGAUCAUUAUACCUUUCUUGGUCCUGUUGUACAAGCAUCUUGGCUGGAAAGAAAAGAUGGUAAUACACAGAGUCCGGGACCCUGAGGUGAUGGUGGAGACCUUUGAACUGGACAACCCAACGUUCCGUCCCCUCACAGAGGACAACAACACCCAAACCUCCUCACCUACCGAAGCGCUUGGCUAGAGAGCCACCGUUUACAGUGAAGACGCGUCGAACUGUCCGAGGACCUCUGGGAUCAGAGGUCUGACUUUUUGAGUUUCCAAUUUCCCGGCAGCACGAGAAAGAAUGUAACAGGAAGCCGAGGAUGACGGGCCGGGUAACUGGCCUUGAAGCAGAACUUGUUUGCUGUACCGGGACAGUCUGCCCCCUUGAAAUAAAACUUGGAGGGACCCCGGAAGUGCCGGAUGCCAAAGAGAAAGAAAUGCGUGCCGAGGCUUCCCUUCUGUAAUAUGUCGCCGUUUUGCACGUGGGCAGUCUUCAACUAGAAACAAAAGGUUUUUUAUGGUUCAGAAAGGUGAACGCAAGGAGACAGCUGCUACUUCUGUGUAUAUCGAGGGACCGAGGAAGAAUCUCCAGAUGUGAAGAGUGAGGGGUCUCUCUCUUUUGUGUCCUGACUGCUUCAUUGUCCCUGCCCAAAGCCCUUCCGUUCCUACGGUCUUUUCAAAACAGUGUGGGUGCUUUUUAGAAAGUUGAAUUUCUUUUAAUGUGCGUGGAAAGCGUUUUGUUUUUUCUUACGUGGGUUUAGGCUGCAGAAAAUCUUGGUCCGAUCUUUUCUGGGGUCAGGGUACUGAAGCGAGAAUCCGGGUUCUGUUGGGGGUUAGAUUCUGGAUGGGAGUGGGGGUGGGUGGGUAGGACAUUUGUGUGUAUCUAUUUCUGAUAGCUGGAUUCCCAGCGGCUUGCAGGUUUGCAGCAGGUGAGCAUCUCAGUUUUGUCUAAGAUGGCUUGGUCAGUUUGGGGCACAGCCGGGACUUUUCUCUUGGUCCGUUGGGGCGCAAGGGGCUUCCGUUUUCCUCUGAAGGCCUUGAAUGGUGGUGUCGAUUGCAAAUUUGAAGGGAGGGGGUUGGAGAACUGAGCUCGCCUCCGCUGCUGAAGCCUCCAAGCAAGUCCAGUGCAGUCCUAAGCCUUUAGGGAGAGUGUUUUUAGGACUGAGCUGGGUCGCAUUUGAGCCCCUCCGCCCCGAAAGGCACUGAGACAUUUCAAAAGCAAGCAACUGACAAAGCUGCCUGGGAGAAUCUCAGGGAAUCCCAAGUCUUGCUGUGUUCCCUGAGCCAUGGAAGGAAGAGGCCGGCCAGAAUUCUUAGGAAACAGUCAAGUUCGAUCUUCUGAGUAUCUCUUGCUGGGCACAACCGCUAAAUUACAAGUCUCGUUUUGUUGUUUGUUUGGCACGAUUAGCUGUGGCCACUGGAGUCCCUCCUGGAGCGUCGAAACUCAACAAUACCUGUCUGACGGCAGUGUAUUCUACUUAGGUUGCCUUUUGAAAAAAGCAUUUUUCCUCCUUUUCCCCCCCUUGGAAGGCUUUUAUGCUAACCUCUGCCCUCUUCCGCGUGUCCCCACUACACCACUUGAGCACAACUUAUUAUUUUUUAAAUAGCAAACAAGUUGAACCUGUUUGCGGAACGCGAUAUACCUCUUUGAAGCUUGUUUGCCGAAAUGAUGGAGAAAGUGAUGUACUCGUGGAUAUAGUUCGAAAUAAAACGAAAAAGAUACUUUA